GGCCGAGGAGCCUGGCCCCCGGGUGGCGGCGGCGGCGUGGCGGCGGUUGCGGCUGGCGGGCGCGUGGUCUGGCUGGGCGGGAUGAGCGGGGCCGGGGCGGCCAGCUCCGUGCGCGGACUGCGGGUGGACGGGCUGCCCCCGCUGCCCAAGAGCCUCAGCGGGCUGCUACACUCGGCGUCGGGGGGCGGUGCGUCGGGGGGCUGGCGGCACCUGGAGCGGCUCUACGCGCAGAAGUCUCGGAUCCAGGACGAGCUGAGCCGAAGUGGAGCUGGCGGCGGUGGGGCGCGGGCAACGGUGCUGCCCGCCAAGCCCCCCAACCUGGACGCCGCGCUGGCCCUGCUGCGUAAAGAGAUGGUCGGCCUCCGACAGCUGGACAUGUCCUUGCUCUGCCAGCUGUACAGCCUCUACGAGUCCAUCCAGGAGUACAAGGGAGCGUGCCAGGCAGCGUGCAGCCCGGAUGGCACUUAUGCUCUGGAGAAUGGCUUCUUCGAGGAGGAGGAGGAGUAUUUCCAGGAGCAGGACCACCUCCAAGACAGCAGGGAGCGAGGCCCCCCGAGGGACUUGCCUCGGCCCGUGUCCCCAAUCCCCAGCAGAGACUGGGUUCUGGGGUCCCUCUAGAGGACCCAGGAGGGGCGUGUGCUGCUCCUCAGCCGUGGGCAGCCCCGGCCUGUGGACCAGCGCUGCCAGUUCAGUCUGCAGGUGGGAUCUGCGUGGACGCUGGGCAGCCAGUUUCUGCUUAGGUGAUCUAGAGGCGCUCAGUAACCUCACGUCCUGGCCCGCGGCACACAGCCAGGGGUUUACCCCUAAAAGCAUCACCUGAAUGGUCCCUGAAGAAAACCCUCAAGGAUGUUUUGUGCAAAAUGAGACAACUUGCGUGUAGCAGUAACUUUCUUCCAGAUUGGGUCGCCUCCAGUUUGCAGUGUAUUAGAGCUGAUACUCCCCUGCUCCCUUCCUCGGUACGUUCUGCAGCCUUUCUUGCUGUCUCCUGAGCUUGGAAGCCUCUUGGUUGAGCCUUGUUUCUUUGUACGCUGCGUUACUCAUUGUCCGGGUGACUCAGUACAAGCUUUGUACUGAAAUAGUGAACAUUUUAGGUCACACCCAUCGAGAGGACUGCAUCUCCUAACCUGUCAAAAGAAUCUGUAUCAUCCUUCCUCCAUCAGGUGGAGGAGGAAGGAAGAGAGUACGGAGAAAAACUGGGGCAAGUUAAUGUUUUGUAUCCUUCACUGUAAGGUGGUGAAUGUUUUUGUUUAAAGAUUGCGAAUGUACACUAGCUGUUAGAAAGCAAACUCUUCCACUCAAAACAGUGGUCACCUUAAGCCUUACUAUAUUUAUUAAAGUCUUUUAUGAACGUUUUACACUUUGUAGGUUAAAAAUGAGGAUAAAAGAUAUAUUCUGCUUGUGGUUGUGUAUUAUUUUGUUCUGAUUUAAGAAUCAUCAACUUUUAGACUUCCCUGGUGGCUCAGUGGGUUAAGGAUCUGGCCUUGUCACUGAUGUCAUGUGGGUUCGAACCCUGGCCUGGGAACUGCCACAUGCCUCGGGUUUGGCCACAAAAAAAAAGGGCAUCAACUUUUAUAAUGCAUUGAAUCCAGUCAACUCCUGAAAGAAAGUUACAGGUUGGAGUUCCCAUUGUGGAGCACCAGAAACGAAUCCGACUAGGAACCAUGAGGUUUCGGGUUCGAACCUUGGCCUCGCUCAGUGGGUUAAGGAUCCGGCAUUGCCAUGAGCUGGGGUGUAGCUCGAAGACCUGGCUCGGAUCCUGUGUUGCUGUGGCUGUGGUGUAGACCGGCAGCUGUACCUCUGAUUAGACCCCUGGCCUGGGAACCUCCAUAUACCACAAGUGCAGCCCUAAAAAGACAGAAGACAAAAAAAAAAGUUACAAGUUGUUUUCUUGACGUUAAGAUUUGGAAAGAAGCUUUUUUGCUCUGGUGGCUUAUUCUUGGAGGUUUUGGAGUUGGAGUGAUCAGGAGAUCACCACAUACAGGUAGGUCUCAGCACUGCUCAGUCAUGAAAUAUUCUGGACCCAUUGCUCUUCCUUCUUCUGCUUUUAGCACCUCUUUGGGGUCAGAGAAGGAAAUAAAUUUACCAUGUACACAGCCCAGUGUCAGGAACUGAGGUGAGGUGCACAGAAGGAAGAGCAUUCCCGCUCAUUUCCCAGAUUGGAAGCAGUCAUUAAAAUGAGGGCAGUGAAUUGCCUUCAGCAUGUAACACAAGUGGCGGGCACUAGAAAACUGAAAAUGAUAAAACUCGGUGAGGUCUGGUUAUCUCCUGCAACCUCUUCCUUUGAGGUUAACAAUGAGUUGAACCUGAGAUCAGCUCUUUUUAACUCUGACCACGAUAGAAUCACCAGGGGAGCUUUUAUUAUUUAUUUUUAUUUUUUCAUUUUAGGGCUGCACCUGUGGCAUAUGGGAGUUCCUGGGCUGUAGAAUUGGAGCUGCAGCUGCCAGCCUACACCACGGCCACAGCAACACAGGAUCGGAGCCACAUCUGUGACCUGCACCCCAGCUUGAGGCAACAGCAGAUCGUUAACCCACCGAGCGAGGCCAGGAGGCCAGGGAUCGAAUCCGCUUCCUCAUGGAUACUGGUCUGGUUUGUUACCCCUGAGCAACAACGGGAACAAUAUUGAGCCUGGCUCAAGACCUGCCAGCCUCAUUCUGAUGUAAUUAGGAGUGGGACCUGGGCUUCUGUAGGGUUCUAGAUAUCCCCCAAGUGAUAUGCCACCAAAAACGUAAUGCGGAACCUCACCCACCCACCCCUACCCCCUCAGCCUUGCACUUGGCAAGAUGCUCCCAUGGCCCUCCUGACGUCAGCUGUAUGUCAUCCCAGGGGCAACGCUGCUGCUCUGAGAAGGACCAAGGUGCUUAGAGCAGCAAGCCCCAGACCAGGGUCAGGAGCCCUGGUCCUGACAGUGAAAAUUGCAGGGCUGGUUCCAGCUCGGGCAGCCCGCUAAUGGAGAAUGCCUGAGUUCCCUGCCUCUGGAUUCUUCUGGAACCAUAGACAUUCCUGGUGCCUGCGAGUUUCUGGGCACUCUAUCAGUGCGGGGCUAGCUGUCAAGAGUUAGAAGUAGAGGAGCUCCCUGGUGGCCUGGUGGUUUAGGACGCGGCGUUAUCACUGCUGUUGCCUCACCUGGGAACUUUUGUAUGGUCUGGGCACCCCCAAAAAAGAGUAGAAUGAAUCGAGGUAAGCAAGGCACAGUCAGUAACACAGUCUCACCCUGUAGCAAAGUGGUGUAUACAUAUAAGCCACUGUAUUGUUUGUUUAUUAGUUUUUUCCCUUUUCAGCUGCACCCACAGCAUAUGGAAGUUCCUGGGCCAGGGAUAGAAUCUGAGCCAGAGCUGCAAUAGCUGUGGCAACACAGGAUCCUUAACCCACUGUGCUGGGCCCGGGAUCAAACCAGUGCCACCACAGAGACAAGCCAGAUCAUUAACCCACCGCACCACAGUGGGAACUCCCACCAGGAUUUUUACUCCGUUUACUCCGCAAUAUAUAAAAAUCACUCAAACUAUCUUUUACUUCAGAUAGAGUGUUACUCCUGUAAAUACAGCUUGGCAAGAAAUAUUAAAUUUCCCUUUUUCCCCUUUUUUUCAAGGCUGCACCUGAGGCAUAUGGAAGUUUCCAAGCUAGGGGUCGAAUCAGAGCCAAUGUUUUAUAAUAUACCCUUCUUAUAAAAGUUCCACAGAUGGUUAGAAAACAGAUUCAGCUGGUGUCUUUUUUUGCUACCUGGCAUAAAUCAUUAUCUGUACGUUCAGAGUGGGUCUAUCUUGUUCACUCUUUUUAUAUGUCCCUGCCUGUGCUAGCAGCAUGUGUAAGUUCCCAAGCCAGGGACUGAACCUGAGCCACUGCAGUAACAAUGCCGGAUCCUUAACCCACUGUGCCACAAGGGAACUCCUUACCCACUCUGGACCAGUCGCCAACAGAGAAACAGAUGAUAAGACAAUCCAGCAUUACCUGAUGAAAGCUGAAGGAAUUGUGAACACGUUAGUAAGGCAAUGUCCUACAUAGUAGUUAAAGAAAAGCAUCUUUAGUUUUCCAAGGCGUGUGUGCAGUGAACCCAAAAUUGCCAAUAAUUUAAGUCUGCAAUUCACAAAUGAUACAUUUCCUCUCACAUCCUAGUGGAAUUCAUGGCUAACCCACCUGACUCCUUUCAUUUCUCUGUAACCCAGGGCGAUGUCUUUCACUCAAUUAACAUUUAUUUAGCAUUUCUCUGGAUUACUUUGGUCCAGGCACUAAGAAUGUGGAUGAGUAACAUGAAGAGCCUCUUUCCACAGAGAGCCCAGCACACCAUGUCAAGUAUGACAGUGUGUGUGUGUGGGGGGGGGUGUUUCGUGAGCCCCUGAGUCCGAGAAGACUUAACAGCUACUUGGGAUGCAGGAUAAUAGCUGGCUUUGGUUCAAUAAGUUCUUGAAGAAGGUCUGAAACAGUCAAGAAACAAUAGUGCAGCCUUGGGGCAGAGUCCUGGUUCCUCUCCAGGAAUAUAUAUAACAAUACCUUUGAGUUCUUCCGCAGAACUAAGGUCCCCACCCAGGUGGAGGAUGGCAACUUCCUGCUGAGCUCAAGAUUCCUGGAGCACCGCCCUAUGACCUCACCACCAACCAAUCAGAAGAAAGCAACAACCCUGCAGCCACCCCACAUUUUGCCUAUAAAAACUUCUUCCCCCAUAGCAUUGGGGAGUUUGGGGUUUUUGAGCACAAGCCACCUGUUCUUGUUUGGCUCUGCAAUAAACUUUCUCUGCUCCAAAAAACCAAAA